UGUGGCCGCGCUCGCCGUGGAGCCAGUUUCUGGGAUGCUCGCAGUCGGGGUGGAAUGUACAUUGUCGGUUUCUGAUCCACCCGGUACUCGAGCCAAGAUCCUCAGCUUUGCUAGUUCUCUGUUCAAGCUUCUGUGUGUCGAUAACCGAGAUCGACUUCACAUCUGGGAUCUGUCCGCUCUCGGACGGCCCAAACUCCAAAGGAUCGUCAACUUCUCUCACCCCGUCAAUUGCAUCGCUGCGUCUCCAUCCCAUGCGCAGAUCCUGGUAGCUCUUGCGAAUGGGCAGAUCAAAACCUAUGACUUGCUUUGUCUGCGCAUGUCCCCUUAUACAAUUCCAUCUAAUUUAUGGCAACAAUAUGAAGACACGGUUCAUGCGAGCGGGAUGCCCGCGAUACCGGCUCCAGCAUCUGACAUGAUAGUCGACAUUGCAGUACAUCCGAGGAACCUCAAUCUUCUCUUCAUCGCUUUUGGAGGAGGCGUGAUCUUGUCUGAUCUGACGCAACGGAAUACCGUUCGUGCAUAUGAGUUGAUCCUUCCACCAGGCGCUCCGGGAGGGUCAGGAUACAACGCGCCGGAUAUCCUACUGCCCCGGAGGCCGUCUGUCACUACUCUCGCCGUGCAUCCUUCCGGGCAUAUCCUUGCAAUAGGGUAUGCAGAUGGCAGCUUAGCCUUUUGGGCACUUGAGGAUGAAGAUCGGCCGCUCCUUGUUCGCACUGUUGACAAUGAAGAAGACGUCGGCAUCGUUGACGUACCCAAGCUCGAGGCGGCGCUUCCAUCGCAUAAUCCCGCAACUGGAUAUCCUGAGCAUCCUUCGGAAAUCCGAGAAGCUAUCUUCAAGCUCACGUGGAGUGGUUUUCCUAACUCUUCUGAUCCUCGAGGAGGUGACACCGUCUUGACCGUCCUCGGUGGUCUAGCCCAGGAUGCAGAUCCGGGGGUGACUGCCUUCCUACUACCUCCCCUUAAUCCUCCGGCAUCGCCAGCGCUAUCGCCUGCUGCGGCUAAAGCGCCAGCACCGCCUGCAAUGCACCCUGACGUGCGUGCAGCUAUAGUUGCAUCACUGUCUGCCCUGGACUCGCACACAUACUCGACUGCUGGCGCUGUUCAGGAUUUUAUUCUCGUCCCUCGAUCAAGUCCGCACUUUGCUGGCACGUGGGAUCCUCAUGCGAUACUAGUCGUCUCGGAUUCCGAUUUGGAUAGUGCAGGUGCUACCCGGAUAGUUCAAGCUUUCGACUUCCCUCCUCCAUCUUUUGUUGAAGAACUAACUGGUUCAUCUGCAUCCAAUGCUGAUGUGAAGUCGAUUGAAGAUGAUGAUCGCAUGGACGCACUGUCACAGGAACUUGCUUCCACCCUGCAAUCCAUAUCCCUAUCCGCCGAUCCUCGUUUGUUAUGCCUUCCUUGGCCAUUCUGGGCCGUCACUGGCAGUGUUAUAUGCGGAAUUGAUCGCGGCGCUUACGAACAGAUUGUCCGCGAAAAUGAUUAUACUGAUUUAUUACCUCUAAGAGGAGGUAGAGCGUGGGUUGAGGACACAGAGGGCGAGAUGAAGCUUAUGAAGUUCCAGCCACGCCGCAUCCUCAUCACUCACGAUCCUGACCUUGUCCUCCGUUUCCAAGAUCUCAGUGCUCAGCUUCUUGUUAGUUCUCUGGACAACCCCUUCAAAACGUCAUUCCCGGGCUAUCUCCCUGCACUGACCAUUGAUAUCGCGCCUCUGCUUCACGAUCCCUCCCUUCGCCUGUUCACCUAUACCUCGUCUGCGGCUUCCAUAUCAUCUUCACAAUCCGGACUAGAGAAACAGAGUAUAUCAAAUCCCACGCGCCCCGCUAUCGAUAAUAUCUACCUCGCGCCCGAGUCACUCGAAUGUGUCACCACCACGAAAAACGGGGCACUGGUUCUCUUCAGGCUCGAUAACGAGAAUGCAGAGUGUUCGAUCGAGUCCUCCGAUGACGAGCUCGUGUCUUUGGUGCAUACACCCGUGCAUAGCGGAUUGCGGUAUCAUCCCUUCCUCGGAAUCAAGGCUGGUCGGGGACAGAUCACUGCAUGUGCGAUAUCCAACGUCGGCUUCCUCGCAGUGACAUAUUCUUCUGGGGCUCUGCUCGUGGUCGACCUCCGGGGGCCCCGAGUGAUCUAUCGGAGUCUGCCAUCCUCUAAGCAGGAGCACAGACAUUCAUUCCACGGUCGCAACCCAUUUUCCGACCGAGAUUCCGUUGUAUCGCUAACGUGGUCUAUCUGUCCAACAUCCUCUGAUCCUGUUUCCCGCGUUCGCCUAAUUGCUGUCGUGUCCUCUGGUACCGCCUUCAUCCACACCCUCUCUCACACGCCGUCCGGCACAUGGGCCGUCUCCGGUGCCCCAACAAACGGCGAAGGCGCCGGGCACGCUGUCCCAGGUGGCUCCGUCGUGCUCGACGCGAAGACUGGUGCCCAGUGCCGUGCCGAUAGGCAAGGUUUGACCACCGUUCUCGCACACGAGGACUCGGCUGCUGGCGAAGAGCCGAAGCAGAGGUGCGUAUGGGUGAGUGCCGGCGCGAAGGGCGCGCGGUGCGUGGCGGACGUAGAUGGGGAAAGGAUAGCGAGGACGGACUGGGCGAGUCGGGCAGCUGUGUUGAGCGUGGAGGUGGUUGAGAAGAGCGGUGGAUGCGUGUUGGUUGCGUUCACAGAGCGCGCAGAGGCACUAGUCUACUCCUUACCCUAUCUCGAACACCUUCACUCCCUCCAGCUUCCGCAGUCAUCUCUAUCCGUUCUCAGCACCGAGCCUUCUGGCGACUACGUCACGCACACGAUCGACCCUGCCUCCGGGCUCGCGCGCCAGACGGAUUACUGCACGCUCUUCGCGACGCGGCGCAUGGCUCCAUACGCCUCACCGCUGGUCGACCUUGCAUAUGACCGUGGAACUGCGCCUCCUCAGCCUGCACCGGUCUCGCUCGAGCCGCAGACCGUGAUCGGGUCCGUGCUAGGGUACCUAGGACGGGGCGUGACGACUGGGGCGGAGAUCGACGCGUUGUUGGCCGGUCCAGACAGGCCUGCCGUGCCGCCGUCCAGUUACGACGCCCAAGGCAAACUGGCGCCGGCUUCCCGCGAAUGGAAGGAGAAUCAAGGUCCGUCCACGUUACAGAGCGCAUCGGCCACCAUGUCGAGCGGCGUUGGAGAUCUGUACACCCGGCUGGGCAAUGCGCUCGCUGAGCGAGGGCAAAGGCUAGGCGAUCUAGAGGAGUCUUUCAACUCGCUUGAGCAAGGAAGUAAGGGUAUGCUGGCUCAGGCCAAGAGACUUGCGGCACAGCAAACCGCGAAACGGUGGUUCGAAUUCUAGUAGCACGCCUGCUGGCCAGAGGGACUGCACUUCAAGAGAAGGACUCUGUGACGACCACGCUCUUCAUGAACCUUUGUGACAAUAUUUAUUGGCAACAUGUAGUGUACAAGUACUGUGUUCACUGCUCUGUAUCGUACAGUUCUUGCGGCCUUCGGACUGUAUUAUCUUCUACGUGGAAUUCUUGCCCUCGGGCGGGUCUUGGCUGAUGAACAUGCCCGUUACGCUGGCGGUGAUCUUCUUUCUCUGCUCGUUCAGCAAUCCUAAGAAGCCAUCGUCCCGUGUGGUCUCGCGCUUGUGGUCCCACUCUUCCGUGUGCCGCGUGAUCUGAUGAGCGUCAUUUGUCUGCAGG